GUCAACCGUGCGCGCGUGUCUUCACUUCUAGUCUGAGAGACAAAGAAGAAGGGCCAAUCCUGGAACCUGUCGUCGAUCAUCUCGGCUGAGACAUGAGUGCAUCAUCGCCGCCUGAUGCCACCGCACCAGGAAAAUCAUGCGGCGCGGGAACAAUUGACGAAGGCAUUCCCAAGGAGCUACAAGGCAUCUUUGAUAUCAUCGAGCAAAGCAAGGGCCAGAUGCUCGCGUGGCUAAAGGAUUUGGUUGCCAUCCCCAGCGUGUCAGCCGAGAAGGAACACCGCAAGGACAUCAUGCGCGUCAUCAAAGAAACGAACAGGAUACUGCAAGAACAAGGCGUCCACGUGACCACGGUGCCCUUAGGCGACCAGCAGCUGCCGGACGGGAGCAAGCUGCCGCUGCCACCACUGUUGUUGGGCUCGACCAGUCAAGAGCCCGGCAAGAAUACCCUGUGCGUCUACGGGCACCUGGACGUCUAUCCGGCGCGCAAGGAGGACGGGUGGACGGCGGACCCGUUUCUACCUACGGAAAAGGACGGCCGACUCUUCGCAAGGGGCGUAGCGCACGACAAGGGUCCCCUGGUCGCAUGGAUCGGAGCUCUCUACGCUUACCGCAAGAGCGCCGCAAAAGCUUCGCCCGUCAAUCUCAAGUUCCUUGUCGAGAGCAUGGAGGAAGUCGGCUCACUGGGUCUGGGACGCUACUUGGCGGCGAGCGCCAAGCAGGACUUCUUCAAAGGCAUAAAAUUCGCCUGCAUCCCCAAUGGCUUCUGGCUGAGCUCGCGUACCCCCUCUAUCAGCUACGGGCUCAGGGGAUUAUGCUCCUUCAGCGUGGAAAUAGCCGCCACACGAUCAGAUCAUGAUUCCGGUGUCGACGGUGGAGCAUUGAGCGAGGCGAUGGCAGACCUUGUCCACCUGCUAGACAGCCUGAUGGGCACCCGCGGUCGCAUCGCAGUCGAUGGUAUCCACGAUGACGUGGCCCCCAUCUCGGACUCCGAGUGGAACCUGUACGAGCACGUGGACUUCGAUCCGGACGAGUACCAGAUGAAACAUGGCAUCUGGCAUGUCACCAUCGACGACACGGUGCAACUGCUGAUGCGCAGGUGGCGGUACCCAUCUCUCACCAUACACGGCAUCGAAGGCGCCCACUGGUCACCCGGCGAGAAUGCAGUGAUUCCCGGCCGCGUGGUGGGCAAGUUCUCUGUGCGUACGGUGCCCAACCAGACGUGCCAGAAGGUGCGCGACUGCGUCACCCGUCACUUGGAGCGGGAAUUCGCCAAACGAAACAGCCCCAACAAGUUCAAGGUGACGAUGACGCAGGGCACUGAGACAUGGAUCAGCGAACCUCAGAGGCCCCACAUCAGGGCCGCUGCGGCUGCCAUGCGCCACACGUACGGCGUGAGGCCGGACCUGACCCGUGAAGGCGGGAGCGUGACUGCGGCCGGCUAUCUGCACAAGCACGUGUGCCCCGACCUGGUCAUGCUGAGCAUGACCCCCGCCGGCCGCGGAUUCCAUUCAAAGGACGAGUACCUCCGGAUCGAAGACCUCGUCGCAGGGGCGAAGCUGUUCGCAGCGUACAUGUUCGAACUGUCCAAGCUCUCCUGAGCGAUCCUGUACCGCGAUCGAGGCACCGACUCCACAAUGGAAGUCCACCUACAAACCGGUACAAGGCCCGAGAAAUCCGCUGUCGACAUUUCGGAGCCCGCACUACGGGAGGGAUCCUGUGCCGCGCAAUUGGAAAUCAGAAUCUGACCCGGUAGUAUUUUGCUCGCAGGAGGAUUUUUUUUUUUUUGCCUUCUUCGGACAUUCGCGAUACAGAAAUUGUCAUAUUAAAAUAUUUUUAUAUAAUUA